GAAUUUCUAAGAAAUAAACAAUGACUGGAUUCUGGAUUUUAAUUUUGAUCCUAAGCAUCAUGUAUAUAGCCCAACCCAGUAGACGCUGGGUUACUGCGCAAUUGCUCACAGAGUCGCCAGUUUCUCAGCCUGAUAGAGAGCUCAGUGUGGAUAUCGGAGACUCGGCUACCCUACAAUGUUGCGUUUCUGAGAAAGUAUUUGGAAUGAUAGCUUGGUUUAAACAACUAAAUAGAAAACAGCCUGAGAUGAUAGUCAAACUCUUUAAAAAUGUUGGAGAUACGUUUGAUAUUGACUUUCAAAACCCUCGUUUUCAGACAAAAAAACAUUCAAACUGCUUUAAUAUAAUUAUUUCACAAAUCAAUAAGUCUGAUGAAGCCAUGUAUUACUGUGCACUGAUGAGACCUGACAUUGUGUUUGCAGAUGGAACUCAUUUAAAAAUCAAAGGUGAGCAUGUUACUACACCAGAAACAUCUAAUUCACCCUUGUAUGAUAAUUCAGUGGUGUGUGAACCAUCACCACAUACUAAUACCACCAACAUGAACACACAUGAGAAAACAGUAAAUCAAUCUAUGGGACAUUCUCCAAAAACAAAGCAGCAAUCUGGAGCUGAAACACUGAAUUAUGCAGCUUUGCAUUUCACCAAGAGGAAAGACAUAGCUGAAAAAAGGAAAACUGAUACAGAGUGUGUGUACUCUGCAGUGAACGAAACUGUAAAAAAGGAAAAUAAUCUAUAA